AUUUAGGAUGAUGAUUCUACAGCUAGACAUGGCUGGCCUAGGUCCAGUCUCCUUUCCUGGUCAGAGAAACUGCCCGUCCUACAGAUUCCUAGCUAUUCCUGGCUGGUCCCAGCUGUUUUAACAUUUUUUAAAUCUCUGUCUCUUUGGAGCCUGGCUUUCUGUUUUUAGCAGAGAAAGGAGGUAUCACUCUGAUACAAAGUGAUUGUGUUCUUCAUGUCUUUCUAAGUAAAUGAUUUGAGAUGAUCGACUGGCAAGUGCAAUUGGAAUCUGAAAGUCAUCAUGAACCCUAAGUCUCCUCGAUUGCAUCGAACAAUAGAAGGCAUUACAGCAUUUGACCGACUGGAGGCUGAUAAAGCCAAAUAUGUUAAGACUCCACAAGUCCGAGAACAAAGGCAAAACCCUGCUAUAAAUGCCACCCUUUCCCCAACUUUGUUACGUAGAUCAAUUCAGUCAAAUCACAACCACAACCCAGAGACCAAACAUACUGCCAGCUGCAGCCUGAGUCCAAUAAUACAGCCUAGAACUCUGCAACGUCAUGUUGACUCUGAGCAAAGGACAGAACAAAUGUACAUUACAAGCUCAACCACUGCCAUGUCAGGAACUCCCCUUCUGCAACGCAAGGCUUUAAGUUUGAAGACAGAACAUGCCUCCUCUGCUACCAUACCCUCUGACAUGUCUGUUAAGUUACACAUUAGUGAACCACAGUCAGAUAAAACUCCUAAUGUUAAUUGCACAAGCUACACAGUCCAAAAAAUAGGUGAGCCUAGGCAAGAUAACAAGGUAGUCCCUUCACCUAGAUCCCCAGUGACCCAACCUUUUUCAAUGCGUCGGGUUAGUGGGAAGCGUCAACACCGUCCUGAUUCCCUAAUAAUUUACCGCCAGAGGAGGGAUAUCGUUCAAAAUGAAAAGGAAAACAAUGAGAGUAGUGGUGGACUGGUAAACCGGCUUCUUCAAAACACUCCACUGCUAAAAAGAAGGAUUCCUCUUGCACAGGGCUCUUCCCAGCCAUGUUCUCAGGAAAGUCCAAACUCUCCCAGGGCACAGAAAAAAACUGAUGAGUCUUUAAUGUGCCAGGUUCCUACUUUUGGUGCCCCACAAGAGGCAGUGUCAAAAGAGCAUUCCCCUUCUGAUGUUCAACAUUUUUUUGAGAGUUGUGGCUUAGAGGGGAGCCUCCUGGACUUGCUGGAUAAUGUGUAUCAACUUGGUGGGGAUACAACAAUUGGAAGUUUAGAAUCUGUGGACAGGAUUAGUGGAAGAAGUGUGGUCUUACAUGAGGAAGUUAAAGAAGAAAGAACUCCAGUAUCUGUUAUUGAGAGAAAUGCUCGAGUAAUAAAAUGGAUUUACAGCUGCCAUAAUGCCAGGUCUAUAAAUUUUCACAGAGAAAACAAUAAAUCCAGAGAAUCUACAGUGUGAGAAGAUGUCAGAAGUUAAACCACCAAUAGACAUAUAAAAAGAAGCAACAGAUGCGAAUCACGUGAAAAAAGAGCGACAAUUAUCAUAAACUGUCGGAAAAUUAAAUUAUAUGUGAUUAAAUGCAUUUUAAAUAUACUUAUCUUAAUGUCCAGUUAAUCUCACUGUUCAGGGUGGCUUUAGGAGGGGUUAGAAGUGCGUCUCAUUCCUUAGGCUUGAAACAAUACAGAGGAUUUAAUAUUACUGUCCACCAGCAAUAUGAAUGGUUUACCUGUCAAUUUGCUAGUCUUUCACUAGGUCUUUGUAUGCUGCCCUGUUUCAGGUAAGAAUAUGAUGUUUGUAUAUGCGUAUAUGUGUUUUUUUAAUGUGAUAUAUAAAUGCUAUGGGUAAAUAAUGUAUCUCACGUUAUAUGAAGGUUGCAUUGACCUUGUUUUUUUAUAUUAAGUAGAAUCCUAUCCAGUUUAUCAGAUUAGGAUAAACCACCUUCAGUGUUAUACUGCCAUGAAUAAUAUACUUCAUUACGUUAUACAGAGAGAAAACAAAGUAUGGCUCAUUUAUCAAAGGUAGGAUGCAAGUGCUAGCAGGUCCCAUACAGAAAAUAUUGUACUAGUACCAAUAUCAGUUGAUGGCUGCUUUUCCCCUGUGCCAAAUUAAGUGUACAAAAGCACAUCUCACACAUGCAAAGGAAACCUGUGCUUAUUACCAUAAGCAAGUACAGAGAACCAGGGUGCCCUUGUGUUCCCUGCCUUGCAUGUUCUGAAUGACGCACCUCCCAUCCCUUCAGUAUGAAAUUCUGCUUACAAGGGGAGGUGCAAAGAUUUUUCACUUCAGGUCACAACACAAAGGGCAAAGUAAAAAUGGCACUUAACUACUUUUUUUGCACAUAUUACCCUUACCCAUUUAAAAUUUACCUCACUCCUUUUUAAUCCAGUCUUUUGUAAAUCUGAAUAAUAAAAAUACAUAUAAUAG